GUCGAUCGGCCAGGCUGCUCCUAUAUAAAGGGCGAGCUGUAUUGCAACAGAUAUAAGCUGCAUUGCUGCACGCAAUCAAUUCAGUCUCAGGUCUUGUAAGCUUGCAUAUAGCUAUCCAGAUAUGUUUGGUUGCUGACAAUAAGCAUCUUGAUUGAUCGACCGAUCGAGUUGCAGUAUAUAGUUAGUUUCAGACUAUCAAGCAGCAUGCCAAGCAGAGGGUGUUCAUGCUGGCUCUUAAGCCUGGCACUGCUCUGCUCCCUGGCUGCUGCCAAGGAGCAAUACCAUGAGUUUGUGAUCAGGGAGACAACAGUGAAGAGGCUGUGCAAGAGCCACAACAUAAUGACGGUGAACGGUCAGUUCCCGGGGCCGACGCUGGAGAUAAACGAAGGGGACUCGCUGAUCAUCAACCUGAUAAACCGUGGGAGGUACAACAUGACGCUGCACUGGCACGGGGUGCGGCAGAUGAGGACGGGGUGGUCGGACGGGCCGGAGUACGUGACGCAGUGCCCGGUGAGGCCCGGGCAGAGCUACCGGUAUCGCUUCACGGUGGCGGCGCAGGAGGGCACCCUCUGGUGGCACGCCCACUCCUCCUGGCUCCGCGCCACCGUCUAUGGCGCCCUCCUCAUCCGCCCCCGCGAUGGCACCAGCUACCCCUUCGACGUCCAGCCCACCAGAGAGCUCGCCCCCAUCCUGCUCGGGGAGUGGUGGGACAUGAACCCCGUCGACGUGGUGCGCGCCGCCACGCGCACCGGCGCUGCUCCCAACAUCUCCGACGCCCUCACCGUCAACGCCCAGCCCGGCGACCUCUACAGCUGCUCCUCCCACGACACGGCCGUCUUCCCCGUCACCUCCGGCGAGACCAACCUCCUCCGCUUCAUCAACGCCGCGCUCAACACGGAGCUCUUCGUCUCCCUCGCCGGUCACAACAUGACCGUCGUCGCCGCCGACGCCUCCUACACCAAACCGUACACCACCUCCCUCCUCCUCCUCGCCCCCGGCCAGACCACCGACGUCCUCGUCACCUUCGACCAACCUCCCGGCCGCUACUACCUCGCCGCCCGCGCCUACGCCAGCGCCCAGGGCGUCCCCUUCGACAACACCACCACCACCGCCAUCUUCGACUACGGCGCCGCCAACAACGCCUCCAGCGCCGCCAUCGCCAUGCCUACCCUCCCGGCGUACAACGACACCACCGCCGCCACCGCCUUCACGACGAACCUGCGCGGCCUCCGCAAGGCGGAGCUCCCGUCGCGCGUGGACGAGAGCCUCUUCUUCACCGUCGGCGUCGGCCUCUUCAACUGCACCAACGCCACGGCGCAGCAGUGCGGCGGGCCCAACGGGACGCGGUUCGCGGCGAGCAUCAACAACGUCUCCUUCGUGCUCCCCUCCUCCACCUCCAUCCUCCAGGCGCACCACCACGGCGCGCCCGGCGGCGUGUUCACCGCCGACUUCCCGGCCAACCCGCCGGUGCAGUUCGACUACACGGCGCAGAACGUGAGCCGCGCGCUGUGGCAGCCGGUGGCGGGCACCAAGGUGUACAAGCUCAAGUACGGCUCCGCCGUGCAGGUGGUGCUCCAGGGCACCAACAUCUUCGCCGGCGAGAACCACCCCAUCCACCUCCACGGCUACGACUUCUACAUCCUCGCCGAGGGGUUGGGCAACUUCGACGCCGGCGCCGACACGGGCAAGUUCAACGUGGAGGACCCGCCGAUGAGGAACACGGUGGGCGUGCCGGUGAACGGGUGGGCGGUGAUACGGUUCGUGGCGGACAACCCGGGGGUGUGGCUGAUGCACUGCCAUCUCGACGUGCACAUCACCUGGGGCCUCGCCAUGGCCUUCCUCGUCGACGACGGCGUCGGCGAGCUGCAGUCGCUGGAGGCGCCUCCACCCGACCUGCCGCUCUGCUAGUGCCUCGACCAACACAUCAAAUUAAUCACCUCUUAAUCUCUUAUGUUAUUGUUAGCAGCUGAUUAAUCAUUUGGAGAUCAGCAUUACUCAAUUAAUUACAUGUAUCAUUUUUCACAUUUGAUUCAUUAAGAAGAGAACAGCAUUCACUUCAACGCCCAAUUGCAUGUAUAAGUAUAACAACAAUACAGAUUGAAGUUUGUUGCAUGCAUGUAUCAAGAAAAGUCCUUACCUCGGAGAGAGAGAAAGAUAUUCACCUGAAAGAUUAU